AUGUCUCUUUCAAAGUCAAGCACAGACCUUUCUUUGCUCCCACUUCGCAAAAGAAGAAAAGAAAAUCCGACCCAAUCAUCGGAACCAUUAUAUGAAUUGAUCAACAAACUACCUGAUGCUCUGUUGUCCGAGAUUUUUUAUCGACUCCCUUGUCGAUCUGCUUUCCAAUUCAAAUCCGUCUCAAAGCGCUGGUUUUCUCUUAUUUCCGAUCCUUACUUUGUUCGCGGCUUCAUUCACCACCGCCAUCAAUUCAGUGAAUCAAAUUCAUCAGACUCGAACUCAGACCCUUUUACUCUUGUGUUACAGAAUUGUUUUAGUUCGACUAAGAAUUUCCUGGACCUCCUGGUUUUUCCAUCCGAUAAUUCUGGGGACUGUGUCGUCGGUGAUGAUGUUCUCAACUUUCUUCCCUGUAUCAAACGAGGAGUAAGGAAAGAUUAUCACUAUAUAAUCAGAGCAUCGUUCAACGACUUAUUGUUACUAUACAGAGAAGUUCAGCAAGACUCUAUUUUAAAUUUUGAGCCAGGUUUUUGUGAGUAUUGCAUCUGCAAUCCGCUUACAAAGCAAUGGAUCACGCUCCCUCACCUUCCCCUUCCCAUCUACAGUAACUUGGACGACGUUAUAGUUGGCUUUAUAUGCGAUCCAUAUAGUUGUGAUAACGAGCAGGAAUGUAAAACCCAUGCACAUUACAGAUAUAAGGUGGUACGCUUUCAUCCUCCCACUCACCCCAAUACCAAAUUACAUAUGCACAUUUUUUCUUCCGACACUGGUGAAUGGUGCAACUCAGUUGUUUCUUUGCCACCACGGGGAUUGACACGGUGCAGUUACAUAUCUAAGGAAGCUGGUGUUGUUGCAUGCAAUGGGAUGAUGCAUUUGGCGAAUUAUACAUAUGAAGAACUCCAACUCCAAGGCAUUGUUGUGUUCGAUCCAUUCAACGAUGCAGAACGAUGCGGUUAUAUUGAAACACCCAUCAGCUUUCCGUAUAAUGGAUACUGGUCAGUCUCUCUUUGUGUGUUUCGAGGGCAUCUUCGGAUAAUCCAUCAAUAUUCUCCAUCGAGAUACAUGAACCAAUUUCUAACUGGUGACAAAUUUUCUAUUUGGGAACUGGAGGAUUAUGAUAAUGGAGGUAGAUGGUGCCUGAAACACGAAGUUUAUAUUGCGGACAUGGUUUUAAAAUAUCCCAAUCUUGCGAAUUUAGCGUCUUUAUCACCGAUGGUGCUGUUGCCAGCUUUCCACCCAAAUGAUGAUAAAAUUUUCUUCUUCAAUUUCCGCAAUUACAUUCUUAUGUGGGACCUGCAAACGAUGGUAUUGAAAGUUGCCAUCGAACUAGAAAAUACGAAGGAAAACAUAGUUGACAACUCAAAAUCUCUCGUCCUAAGGCGGCAACAACACUUAGUUGACAAAGCAAAAUCUGUCUUCCUACUUCAGCAACAAUCAUGGCCAACACCAGUUCCUCCCCUCCCAUUGAAGUUUGAAUAG